AUGUCAGAUUCGUACAGUUUCUCGCUCACAACAUUUUCUCCUUCAGGACAACUGAAGCAAGUAGAUCAUGCAUUGGCUGCAGUAGCGCAAGGUACAACGAGUUUAGGUGUAAAAGCCUCAAAUGGAGUCGUAAUCGCAACGGAGAAGAAGCAGCCAAGUCCAUUGGUUGACGAUAGCAUGCUUGAAAAAGUGGCCCUGAUUUGUCCAACGAUUGGAUGCGUUUACUCUGGAAUGGGACCAGAUUUCCGUCAGUUAGUCACUGCAGCUAGGAAAUCAGCUCAGGCUUAUUGGAAAAUGUUCAACGAAUACCCGCCUACACGCGUGAUGGUUGGUGAAAUAGCUUCAAUUAUGCAAGGAGCUACGCAGAAGGGUGGUAUGAGACCGUAUGGUUGUUCAUUGCUCGUUGCUGGUUAUGAUAAGACACGCGGCUCGUCGCUUUACCAAGUGGAUCCAUCUGGAUCUUAUUGGGCGUGGAAAGCAUCGGCGAUGGGUAAGAAUAUGGUCAACGCCAAAACAUUCUUAGAGAAGAGAUACAAUGAAGACAUUUCGCUUGAGGACGCUAUACACACGUCGCUACUGACUCUCAAAGAAGGCUUUGAAGGUCAGAUGACAGAGAAGACUGUCGAUAUUGGUAUUAUACACAUUCCAAGCGAGUGGGAUACCAAGAAUCCACCUGAAGCUUUGGCCGGUGACAAAGCGGGCCAUUUGCCUGGAAUGCCGGCAUUUAGAAAAUUGAGUGAAGAAGAAAUUAAAGACCACCUCACAUUGUAA